GAGCGUGCGCGUGCAGUUACGUGAUACCCACGGCCCGGAAGAAAACCCGACCCUCUCGGCUUCCAUGUGUGAAACGCUGAGAGGUUGAAGAGUCCGGGAAACCAAGCUGAGAGUACACUGUACUGUUUUCUCUCUGAAGACCACAGCGGAGUGCACACAUUGUUGACGACAGGGACCGAUACGGACAUGGCGACGUCCAGCUCCUGUGUUGUGAUCAGUGACGAGGAGCAGGGUUAUGACUUGGACCUUUUCUGCAUACCAAAGCACUAUGCUGCUGACCUGGAGAGGGUCUACAUCCCACACGGACUCAUCUUGGACAGGACAGAGAGACUGGCCAGAGAAAUCAUGAAGGAAAUGGGUGGACACCACAUCGUGGCCCUCUGUGUACUCAAAGGGGGUUACAAGUUUUUUGCAGACCUGCUUGACUACAUCAAGGCCCUGAACAGGAACAGCGACCGCUCCAUCCCAAUGACAGUUGACUUCAUUCGCCUCAAGAGCUACUGUAAUGACCAGUCGACUGGUGAAAUAAAAGUAAUCGGUGGAGACGACCUAUCUACUCUGACAGGAAAGAAUGUGUUGAUUGUGGAGGAUAUUAUCGACACAGGGAAGACGAUGAAGACGUUAUUGCAACUCCUCAAACAGUACAAUCCUAAAAUGGUGAAAGUAGCAAGUUUGCUGGUGAAGAGAACACCAAGAAGUGUUGGCUACCGACCAGACUUUGUAGGAUUUGAGGUCCCUGAUAAAUUUGUGGUGGGUUAUGCGCUAGACUACAACGAGUACUUUAGAGAUCUAAAUCAUAUCUGCGUCAUUAGUGAAACGGGGAAGGAGAAGUACAAAGCAUGAAGAGCACCUCCUAACAGUUUUCAAUAUUUGGUUAUGUCUUUUUUUCAUUUACCAUAGAUGUUAUAUUUCAUUGCUUUAUAUUGUGUCGUAAGAAAAUGAUCAGCCUGCUCAGGGUGAAAGUGAUAAUCCUGUAUUUCCUGUGUUGGUGUCACCACACACGCACACACACAUUUUGACUUUUGAAAAUGCUUUGCCUUAGAGAGAACCACAUCUGGAUUUAAAGGAAUGGAUCCCAGCUUCACCUCAAAUAUUGCUUUUAUGCUCCCACACUGAUUUCAUUUUUUUAAAAAUAAUUUUUUUCUAAUUGAGAACAUUUUAGAGCAAUGCUGCUAGAAUAUAAUACAGUCAGAUAAUUGUUGUUCUGCCAUAAGAUUCACAACCAUUUCUUUGUGUGAAAUGAUUAUAUUAUUAUUUAGUGUUUCUGUAAUUCUACCUGAAAUUAUCAGGAGCUUUUUUUUUUUUUUUUUUUAAUGACACAUUUGAAGAGGAGCUUCUGGAAUUGUAAAUGUACUUUUGGGAACAAUAUUUCACUUUUCUGUGGCACUGUGUUUUGUGACAGUAAAGACACACGGGGUAGAAAAGUAAACAGAUUUUUGCUUCUGUCCCAUAUUAAAUUAUGUAGACAUUGAUAUGUGUAAAAAGAGGUUUCUUCUAAUUUAUGAAAGUUAGUGAAAGCCAAAUAAAGCUUUAGAAGCAUCCAUCUUCUUUGUGUAAGAUGAAAAGAGAUCCUCCUAAUGCUGGAACGUGGAGUUCAAUCACAAACUAUUGACGGCUGAGAAUUGUUCAUCUGAAAUACCUAAUCUGUAUCUACAUAUGCUUUAAUUGCACAUAAUUUAAUUAAACCCCCCUGUUUUUUUUUUCCUUUUGUUUACAUUUUUGGCUAAAUGAAAUGCUGUGUAAUCAUCAGUGUUGCAGCACCAGACAUUAAAUUUUUCUCACCACCCACU